AUACAACUUGUCAUAACAGCAGUAAAUUAGUGUUAUUUCGGAUUUCAAACACCGCUCAGAGAAUACUUUGAAAUUUGCUCGACCUUUUUCUCUAUUUAGGCGAGAAGAAACAUUCUAGCUGCCAAGCACCUGUAUAGUUUUGGUGGUAAUCGAUUCAUAGGGAGAAAUAUUAGACUAUAACGAACGAAUUCUACAGUCCAAUUUAUACUACCCCGAACUAUACCAUUGAAGUUAUGAGUUAUCUUCUCGGAAAAGGUGGUAUCGUGUCGGCACAAGAUCUCUACAGCGAGGAUGACAACUUCAUCAUCGGAUCUGACUUGGAGGCAGAAAGGCUACGUCGGGAUGCGCGACAGUUCCAUAGAAGCAGAUUCAGCGAGACGCGACGAAAGGCUCACUACGCACGACUCCAGAAUGCCUCUCUCAAAGUCGCCCUAGAAACCACCGAAAAACGCAUGGAACAGAAGAAGUCUAUUGCCAUAAGAGAAAUAGAGCGUUCACGAGUGGAGAUACUCAAACAGAUUGAAAGUUAUCAGGGACUCUCGGCGGCACGGCGUGGGUCAUUACCUGGUACGUCCCUACGCGCGACUCUCGCGACAGGGGAAACUAGGGCGCGCCUCUUGCCUUUACAACCUUUCGCUAGGAGACGCAGACAGAGAAAAGACACAAGAACUAGUAUAGAACAAGAAAUAUGGAUGCUUGAUAAGGAAGACUCAUGGAUGCGACAAAAAGGAGAGUCGCCAAGUGGAAUAAUGGGUUUUGUUUCGAAAAACGAAUCAUUAAAGGGACAAGGUACACCACUGGAUGAGUCGCGCAGAACUAGUUUGGAGGUGACCGGAGACAUGGCGAUAGUAGACGACGGUAGAAGGGCUCAUGCAGCGUUAAGUGGCCUCUUGCAAAUACCUCCAUCAAGAGAGGUAUUGUUUAGUGAGUCCGGACUGCCUUCUAGAGCCUCGCCAUCACAAGAAGGAUUUGAAAAUGCACCGAGACCUGUCUCACAUACUCUUAGUAGCUUGCAGGCUGGGUUAGAGUCAAGAGCACCUUCUGUUGCCCAAGAAACUUUGCAGCAAGGAUCCGUGGAAGGUUCUACGGAUUUACCUGCUAUCGAUGGCACCUUACGGCACGCUCGUAGAGGGUCAAACGGAACGUCUAUUUACACUUCGUCACACCAUCUAUCUAAUCACACUUUGUCACACCAUCCAUGUAAUAAUUCUUUGUCACGCCAUCUGUCCGUCCUAUCUCGCAAGUCGGCCAUACAGAGAAAGACGCCAGUACUGAGAGUUUCGUCGUCGAGACGUAGUGGUAGUCAGCGCGGCAAUAGUUCUCGUAUUGCCUCGGCUCGUACUGUACAGGAAGAAGAACGUGCAAAGGUACACCAGGCCAAGCUCCAACUAAACCAAAAGCUUGCACAAGACACAAAAAAGAGGGUAUGGAAGGAUUUCGACGACCUUUUGAAGGGCUUCUCAAAAUUCUUAAAUGUUGGGCAGAAUUAUGAAAGACCUGAGCCCGCUGUAAUAGACGACCAGCUGAUGACCACACGAGACAUGCGUAACAAACGUUUGCCCAUAAAUCCCACGUCCUCGCUGAGCUCGUUGUACUUCCGGCAUGGACCUCUCGAUGAUUACGUCAUCAGGCUUUGCUAAUACAUCCAGUCUAAGAGAAGCCAAAACUUGCUUAGGCUAAAGAACGGAUUUUUGCUUGGUGUGUUGGGGCCGCACAUACUUUUUCAUAAAAUCAAAUAUAUUCCAUAUUGAUAAUCACCGGAUUUCAACAUAUUCUGCGCAAGCCUCUUUCGCCGCUCACCUAACCUCCUCGACAUCCUCGUUAAAGCCAAGCUACCGACACAGAGCUCAUGCCUAUUGAAUAUAAUAAACAACCGCCUUUCCAUCCGCAAAUCAAGAGAAGCUACACUGUUAGCUCGCGCUGGGACUCUUGAACCUGGUGUGAAGAAACCGUUUAGUAAUCUACACCCCCCUAUUUACCAUCAACUAUUUUCCUUAAGUUACUCCUUACUAAUAGUUACUAUUUUUAUCUUUUGUUAUUUAAACAUCAAUGAACUUUGUACGUAUACUAGCUGUAACUUGCCACUGUAACUCAUUUAUAACCUGAAGAAGGCAGGUAUUGGCCUGCCGAAAUAUCGUUAAAAUAACAAUGCGUCAGGGCCGUAGCAUGGGGUGCGUUAUUGUCGCCUUUUUCUUUUCCUCUUUCCCCGAUAUAUCAUAGCAACGUGCCUGUUCUAUAACAAUAGAUAACUUAAUGCGACAUAGAUAACCCACGAGUCCUUCAUUCAGCUCCCACAUGGAUAGCAUUCGUCUCUGCGAUGCCAUCUUUCGUUUUAGACAGGCGGUGUUCGUAGGGUUUGUUCACGCUAGGAGAUCUACUGACCUUUGCGAGCCCGUCCCAAGGGGCUAGAUCUUCUAGGAUAAAGAUUUGUAAGGAUUUUACACUGACACUUUGGGACGGCUGCGGAGGAGGCUAGGAUAGCAUUGUAUUAGGAUAGUAUUGAAAUAACAACUUUAUUUCAUACUUUGGAUUUUAAUGUUAUCUAGACUUUUGAAAUCGGGAGCUUCUAAUUUUAAUUUUAAAUUAAAAUUCGUCAUUUUAUUGCGA